CUAACGAAACAGAACAGCAGUCCUGCCUAAAUACGUCGAUUCAGUCAUGCUUUGCGUUUCACAGUUAGUGAGAAUGAACUUUACAGACAUAAACAACGCUCCUAGCAGUUAAAAUACACCACACAAACGCGAUGUUUCACUGGCAGCGAAGCCGAGAAAGAGGUUCGUUUCAGACUCGGUAGACUAGAUUCAAUGAUCUACAAUACAUUCUGACUUCUCUAUAAGAGACACUUUGCCUACAGUGGCAUGUAAAGUGACCACAGUGACUUUCUGAGUCUUGACAUGUCUAGAGCGGAUAUGUGUCCUGUUGUAUCGUACAGCUAGACUAAUAAAAUGCGGUGCUUUCGGUUUAAGCUUUUGACCAAAUGAAGAAUCGUGUGAAAGGGAAAAGCCCCAUUCUACGUGCGCGCGCGUGCGUGCGUGUAUGUGUGAGAGAGAGACAGAGAGAGAAACUAAGUUUGAGAUGAACCCAUUCCGCGACAGUGCGCAGUGUUUUUAACCCUUGAGGAUAGCAGACUGCGUGUUGCGCGUUAUUACGCACAACUGCCAUCCUGUAGUAAUCCAGUUCCAGGUGGUAUUUAAUGAGAAUGAAGCAAAGUUUUAGUAACAAUAGUUACACGAGUCGCUCGUGAUUGUAAUGUUAGGCUUUUUAUGUUUUGUUUUGUUUUUAACAAGCUAGUAUAGAUAGGUUUGUGGUUAUUAGUGCGCGUCUUUAAUUUACCAAUCAGAAGCUCCAGAUUGAAUGAUUUUGACCGGCGUUUGUUUUUGUAUUUUGUUUUUUUGGGCUUUGCUUUAUGCACCUGUAGCAUGAUUUAAGAUGCCACCGGGCUGACAAAAAAAAGGAAAGGUCGUCUUUAAGGGAGCUCAUUUACGAUUCAUGACCAUGACCAUGAGCGGUGUUCACACUGAAGCAUCUGCGCCGCUCGACCUGAGGACCACAACAAGAGACAUCACAGAUCGGACUACAAGACAAACCAAAAUAGUAGAUCGGACACCCAAGAUUGAGGAGGUGGAGUGCUCUUCGAGAGGAUCUCCUACCCUUUCCCCUGCGAUAAAACCGGGCAGCAAAGAAUUCAAGGAUAGUCAUGGACAAGCUACCGUAGCAUCGGAAGUGAAGUGUGAGAGGCUGACCGACAGCGAUGGCAAGUCGCCGGAGACCUGUACCUCCAAACUUCCGAUCAGAAAACGUCCUGUCCGUACGGACCACAAACCUCUGGACCGAUCAGAAAGUACUGUGGGAGAGCCACCAGGCAAGGUUUUGAAGACAGACUCAAGUCCUAGUCCUGCCAAAGUGCCCAAGUGCAGCAGUGUGCGCAGUGGACUGAACGCGGAGACGCAGCAGUUUGUUCCCAGCCCGGUUCCCGGAGGAGCGCAUAGCGAUCUACAGCUAGUGCCAACCACUCCGUAUUAUACAUUCUAUCCAUCUCACCUGUAUGCGAGUACACUUACUCCGCUUCACGUAUUGGAGGAUACUGAUCGCCUGCGGCAUGAGGUAGAUUUGGCAACACACCAGGAUGAAGAUGGGGACACGGCUCUACACAUUGCUGUGGCACAGGAGAACAAGGCAGUAGUUCACUGCCUGAUCCACAUUUUACGUCAGGCACGCAAAGACCUGGACUUGUAUAACAACCUAAGACAGACUCCUCUCCACUUGGCAGUCAUUACACACCAGCCUUGUGUGGUGGAGGUUCUUCUUCAGGGAGGAGCAGACCCUGGCGCACUGGACCGUAAUGGACAGACAGCACUGCAUCUUUGCUGUGAGCACCAGCAGGAAGCAUGUCUCCGUAUAAUACUCUCUCAUCUCUCCCGAUUACCAUGCUGCCCUUCAGCCUGCCUAAACAACAGGAACUUUGAAGGCUUAACACCCCUCCACCUAGCUGUUCAGGAUGGAAAUAAGAAGCUGGCAAAAAUGUUACUGGACAGUGGAGCUGACAUUAAUGCUGUAGAUAUUAAGAGUGGUCGCAGCCCACUGAUACAUGCUGUGGAGAAGAGCUGUAUGGAGAUGAUUAACUUCCUUGUUGAGAAUGGCUGUAAUGUGAACUCCCAGUCAUACAGUGGAAACACAGCUCUUCAUAUUGCCUGUGGCCGUGGAGAAGUAGAGGCUGUCAGAGUUCUACUGAAAAAUGGAGCUGACAGCAGUCUAAAGAAUUAUCACAAUGACACUGCCGUUAUGGUGGCCAAGAACAAGAAGGUAUCCGAUGUUUUACGUGGAAAGCCUACACGAGGCCACAAUCUGAAAACUCAGAACAGCUUCAAUGGUACACCAUCUCCAAACAACUUAAGCCUUUCGCCAUUGGCCACGCCAAACCCUCAUCGCAGCACAUCUCUCUCUCCAACAGCUCCACGCACAUACUCGCCACACAGUCAAUCUGGCGAAAGCAGAUCAGGGAACCUAUCACCAGUGGAAACGCAAGAAGCAGAGGAUCUUCAAAUGACAUCCAGGACAUUUCAUGAUAUGGUGUCAGUUAACAGUGCGGACUAUGUGCUGUCUAUUCAUCCUUUUUCCUUAUACCAACCACACCGUUAUGACACACUCAUGCCCUCUGGUCCUCACAUACAUGUAAUGCCAGGUCACUCUCCUUACUAUCCAAAUGUACAAAGACCUCUCUAUGCCUCAGACACACCGUUCAUCCUAAUUCCAGCCAGAAAUGGGCUUCCUGUUUCUCAUCGAUCACCAUCCCAGCCCACUGGCAUUCAGUCACGGCCCUCCAGCCAUAACAGUGAUCAAUCUGACAUAUCUAACUUGAGUGCGAGCACUGGGGAAAAGACAUAAGCUGAUUGUGAAAUGUCUUUACUUGCACUUGUUUUUACAGAAUACUGAACAAGGAGUGUGUGGAUAGAUGUGGCGGGCCCAUCUUACAAGAGGUAUUUUAAAAAUGUAGCCUAUAAUUUAUGAUCAGAUCAAUUACUGUCUUAACUGUGUAUGAUUGAUUGUGGUUGUAUUUUGAAACAAUCUCAUUCUAUCUGAGAAUAGAAAUAUAGUUUCAUUCAAAAAUAUUGUUUUAAACUGUUGUAACAAUACAAUGUGGAGCAUUGAAACCUCCAUUAUUUAUACAUGUUGUAUAUUUAUACAUACAGCGGGGUCCAGAGGUCACACAGAACACAUUGAAAAUCUGUUUGGUGGCUUGUGUGUUGUUUUUUUUUCAUUUAAAAUAGGAAAUAAACAGAAGGUUUUAGAAUUUUAAAAUAUUUCAAAACAAAGACAGUAAAUGUUCAACAUCUUGAAUAUUUAAAAUUCUGCACUAUUUCUAGGUCCCUAUUUCAUAUUAAGCAGAUUUGUUAUAUUGACAAUGUUUAUUGCUUUGUACAAAAGAUCUGAUUUUCCUCAUGCCUUAUCUCUUCUAUGGAAGCAUGUGCUCAGACAACUCUGAUAAAUUUGAUCAAAAAUGUAUCAUAAGGUUUUGCACAAACUUCUGGCUUUCAUGCCAGCUUGAGUGCACACUGUCCUUAAACCUUAAAAGGGGACAUACCAAAUACUACAAAACUCAGAAAUUCAUGUAAAUAUUUCAAAUAUUCUACUUUUCUCUCAAGUUCUUGACAAUAAUAUAAUUUGUAAUGAAAAUUGUUGCAUUAAAUUAGAAAAGAAUGCAAAAUAGAAGCAUUAUCACUAGUGGUCUCUGACUUUUGGACCCCAUUGUAUAGCUCAUGUUAUAGCUGUAAAAGUCACCGAGUAUAUGACAGUAACUCAGGUGGAAUGUGCCUCCAUUACAAAUGCCUUAUUUUCAUGAUGUAGUUAUGAAAUGUGAAAUAAAAUGUGAGUGUGUAUGGGUGUGUGUGUGUGUGUGUGUGUGUGUGUGUGUGUGUGUGUGUGUGUGUGUGUGAGAGAGAGAGGUCAAUAAAUGGGCCUGGAUUUUG